GAGAGGGUGAUACAUACAAUACAUAGUAUAUAUGAUUGGAGUAGGGAAGAAAGGUGACACAUGAUAUUUCAUAUUUUCAUAUUUCCCCCUCCUUAAUUAUAGGUUUCUCCUCAAUUUUGAAAAAGGACUGCUCCUCUGCAACUGAUUGAUUCCUCUCACUUGAGUUUCGAUUGUGAAAUAAACAAUCUGCGAAAUGAGGGGAGACGCAGAUUCACCCGGGUUGAACAGCAUCAGCUCAUCAGUGAUGAAUCAGCACCAAUUCCUCCAUGAAAUGCUGCAGCCCUCCAAUUUCGAUCCCACCUCAUCGCACGAGGACUUUCUCCAACAAAUGCUCUCCUCCGUGCCCCUCUCCGCCUCCUCCUUCCCUUGGGCGGACGACCACCCUCCGCCGGGGAAUCCCGACGAUCAUCCGCCCGCAUCGAGGAUCCGGCACCAGCAGAUCAGCGGCGGCGCCGCCAAGGCCUUGAUGCUCCAGCAGCAGUUGUUGCUCUCCAGAGGCUUCGCCGCCGCUAAUGCCGAUCACAACGACGUCGUUGACUCACCGUCCCCCAAUUCCGCUAAUCCGGCAAACGAUGCAUCAAUUACAGCUCUAUUCAACGCCUUCACCGGAUCGCCUGCUCAAAAUUCCGAAUCUCAGCAAUUCCACCACCUUCAGGGAGGAGGUUUGCAACAGUCUCAAAAUCUCGGAGGCGCGUCGGCGGCGAGCGAAGGAGCGGCGGCGGGGAAGCCGAAGCCGAAGGUGAGGGCAAGGAGAGGACAGGCAACCGAUCCUCACAGCAUCGCCGAAAGAUUAAGAAGAGAGAGAAUUGCGGAGAGGAUGAAGUCUUUGCAGGAGCUUGUACCCAAUGCUAAUAAGACAGACAAGGCCUCAAUGCUGGAUGAGAUCAUUGAUUAUGUCAAAUUCCUCCAGCUCCAAGUCAAAGUGCUUAGCAUGAGCAGAUUAGGGGGUGCUGCUGCUCCUCCUCCUCCUUUAGCUCCAGAUAAUUCACCCGAGGGGAGGCCGACGGCGUCGUCGUCGGCAAACAACAACAGUAAGGAGGGGAUGGGGGCGACGGAGCAGCAGGUGGCGAAGCUGCUGGAGGAGGACAUGGGCUCCGCCAUGCAAUACCUUCAAGGCAAGGGGCUGUGCCUCAUGCCGAUUUCCCUUGCGACCGCCGUCUCCACCGCCACGUCACACUCCCGGCCACUCUGCGGCAACGGGCCUUCGUCGCCGAGCACGUCGGUCAUGACCGUCCAAUCAGCUACCGUAGGAGGGAAGGAAACUGCCGCUGCUGCUGCUGUUCCUAAGUUGGAGUGAUCAUUUUACUGCCUAACUUUGAAAAUGUAUAUCGACUUUGCAUGUUCUAACUAAACAAAGUAAUUUUUAUUGCUUUCAACCGCAUUUUCCUUUUUCCAAAAUUUUGUAUCAGUUUCGAAUCAAUGCCGGAAAUUUGAUACGAGAUUUAGAGUUUAGAAAUA